CGGUGAUCAAACACAUUCAAGUGGUGACUAAAGUAACCCGAAAGUAUUCACAAUGAAGUUCGCAGUUGCGGUCUUGUGCUUGUGCCUCUACAGUGUUGUCGAGUCUCAGCCAGCAGGGAGAGGACUUAUUGGUGAUAUAAUCAACGGUGUUGGUGAUAUAACUGGAGAUCUAGGCAACGCAGCGGGAGAUGUGAUUGGUGAUCUUGGCGAUAUUGCUGAUGGUGUGGUCGAUGGGAUAGGUGAUGUUGUAAAUGGUGUUGCCUGUGGAACACUUGAUCUAACCAACGGGUUGCUUCAGCAAGAUGGACCUUGCAAAGAUAAUGGUGGAAGCAGUGGGAGUACUGAUGAUAAUGAUGAGGCAACUACCGCUGAUGUAACAGAAGUUUGAUCUGGUUUUAUAUUAAUGUAGAUUGAAUGUAAAUAAAAUUAUUUAUUGUU